GGGUUCUGUCAAGAUUCGAAGCUGUUGUUUCACAUGCUGGCGCCCAUUUUAAGCAUGUGCCUAUUUAGUUCCAUCGUCUUUACUGUUAUAUGGUGUAGAGAGAGCACACGUGUGAGCAUACUGACGACGGUUGCUGCCAUACGUGGAAGGAAACUGGUCAAGAGGAGCAGCUUUAUUCACAGUGUCAGCGGCCAUUCCGUCACGGGCCAUCCUUCAGGCCAACUCGCGACGAGCCAGCCCACGAGCCUCCAGCCUAGCUCCCAGAAUGUUCCAGUAGAACCUCGCAGAAAAAGCUUGGCAAGUAUGAUUAUGCCACAGAGGAGGAGUGUGGGAAGUGUGAUUAUGCCGCAGAGAAGGAGUGUGGGAAGUCUGAUUAUGCCUCCGUUAGAAAAGAAGAGUUUCGUCAGUGUGCCUUCGUCAGACAUGACGUCACCGUCUGACUUAAGUGACACGUCGUCCUACACGUCUACAGGCUCGUCCGCGGCAGACUGA